GACAAACUUCUUAUUUACAUAGUAUUACUGCGAUAAUUGACUACGAUUUGGGCCAUACUUGGUCAGAUAUCAAAAGAGGUAGAGUUCUAGAAAGUCCACAUUACUUCAUUUCUUCAUUGAAUAUAAGCUAUAUAUUUUGAAGCAUUAAACUUGCAUUCAUAUAGUACAUACGAGUCUCAUCAAUCAAAAUACGUUAUGUGUACCGAUAAUUUACCGUAUUUUUUAUCGGGAUUGGUAGUUAGGGGAUUUGGCAGGGGUUCCAAAGCUUUAGGGAUACCUACAGCAAAUCUUGAAGACAAAGCUAUAGAUAGUUUGCCUAAUAAUUUUAAUACUGGAGUUUAUUAUGGAUGGGCUUGUAUAGAUGGGAAAGUUCAUAAAAUGGUUGCAAGUGUUGGUUGGAAUCCAUUUUAUAAAAACGAAAAAAAGACGGUGGAAAUACAUUUAUUGCAUAAAUUUGAAAACGAUUUUUAUGGAAAACAAAUUAAAGCUAUUUUCACAGGAUAUAUACGACCAGAAAAAGAUUUUACAUCUGAAGAAGAAUUAAUUAAAGCAAUAAAAUGUGAUAUUGCAAUUGGCGAAGAACAAUUACAGCAACCAAAUAUGAUUCAUUAUAAGGACAAUGUAUUUUUGAAAUAUGAUAAUAUAAGUAGUAAAUGAUGUUCGCAAUCGCGCCCAUAUUCUGAUAUUUCUAAAUGAUUUACAAUUUUAUUUUAGACAUAAUUUUCUAAUUAAG